GGCAGCAGCCGAGCACUCCCUGGAGCACAGCUGCUGCGUGGAGUGGAAAUGGCUGUCUUUAGCAGCAAGAACUUGGUCCUGGUUUCCCUGCUGGGGCUCCUGGCGCUGCUCCUGUGCGGCCGCGCCGAAGCACAAAGCAACCAGGAUUGCUGCCUGUCUUACACCAAAGUACGUCUGCCUCGGUGGGCCCUGAAAGGUUAUACUGAGCAGCUCUCCAGUGAAGUCUGCGAUAUCCAUGCGAUCAUUUUCCACACCUACAGUGGGCUGAAUGCCUGUGUAAAUCCUAAGGAAGGCUGGGUGAAGAAGCAUCUUCUUUUCCUGAGCCAUAAGCUCAAGAAGAUGUCCAUGUGAUAUGGUUUCCAGCAGGGAACUAAACAGAGACGUGGCUGAAGAACCACAAGGUUCAACCUCUCAGUUGAGAUUGUCGUCUUGUACACUGUUGUGUGCUUACUCACCACCACCUCUAGCUUCUUUGGAACUGUUGAACUUCUUGAGUUGAUUCAUAUUGCAUCGCUGUUUUGCUUGAAUUAAGCAUUUUGUUAAAGUUUAUAUUUUUACUAAUAUGACGAGUACUAUUUAGUAAGGACUAUCUUAAGCUGUUGUACAGAGUAUGAAUUUUAUUAAUUUUAUUGCACGUUAUUUUUGUUUUGUUCAGCAUGUCCAAACAUGUGUAAAGUGGGUUAUUUAUUCUGUUUAUUCUGUUACUUCCCUGGCACUGUCUUGUGCCAAAAUGUUUCCUUUUAAAUGUAGUUAGCAUUAUCAUGCUUCUUGAACUAUUGUUAAACAAAGUCUGCUCAUGGAAAUUGAAAUUUUAAAAAAAUAAAUG